AUGGAGGGAAGAGACAGAUUGAUGAGAGAGAAAAGGGUUUACGAAGCAUCAUUGAGUGGAAAUGUAGAGUCCUUGAACGAGUUAAUGCAAGAAGAUAGACUCACUCUUGCCAGAGCUUCUGUCGUCACUUGCUUCAAUGAGACACCCUUGCACAUAGCCUCCAUGCUCGGACAUGUCGACUUUGCAAAAGCUCUCCUGCAUUAUAAGCCAGACCUGGUCAGAGAAAUCGAUUCGCAAGGUUGUUCACCUCUUCAUGUUUCUUCUGCAAAUGGGUUUGUUGAGAUCGUGAAAGUUUUGUUAAUGGUGGACUCCGAUGUCUGUCUUCUUCGCGACGAAGAUCGGAGGACUCCUCUUCAUCUGGCGGUGAUGAAAGGUCGAAUUGAGGUUGUUAAAGAGUUGAUUCAGGCACGACCGGAGGUGAUUUGGUACGGCUUGGAAGGGGGCGAGACCAUUUUACACUUGUGCGUGACAUAUAAUCGUUUCGAAGCUCUGAAGCUGUUGGUGGAGUUGUGUGGAAAUGAUGAUCUUGUAAAUGUCAAAGAUGACAAUGGCAACACCAUUUUGCAUACAGCUACGGCACAAAAGCAAUUGGAGACUAUCAAAUUUUUGCUCAGUGGAUCAUCUAGGUCAAGAGUGAAUGAAGUGAAUGGCUAUGGUUUCACAGCAUUGGAUAUCAUAAAACAUAUGUCUAGAGACUUAAAAGCAAUGGAAAUCCAUGAACUGCUUGUCAAAGCUGGAGCUUUAGGAGCUAGAAACAUACCUGCAUUCGCACAUACUAACACCCCCCACCAGCUCACCAGAGAAGAUGUUCAGAAUGAGCUAUCCCAAGCAGAAGAGCCCCGUGAGGCAGUAGACGACGCACGACAACCACUUUCAAAAUCCAACAGCAUUCUUCAAAUCGUAUAUCGCAACAUCACGCGGGUAAUAAGUGAUUUUCACACGAAAUUUCAUGCUGGUACGAGGACCACCCUCAAAACCGAUUCGUUAAUGUUAGUGGCGACUGUGAUAGCGGCCAUGGCUUACCAAGCUGCGGUGAACCCACCUGGUGGCGUUUGGCAAGAAGAUAAAUUAGAUCCUCAAAACAAUGAGAAAGUACUUGCUUCUGCAGGAACAUCCAUUAUGGCUUUUGUGAAUCAAUCUGGCUUAUAUACUGAGUUCUGGGACUUCAACACACUGUCUUUUCUUGCUUCUCUAAGUAUGCUUCUUUUGCUGGUCAGUGGAAUACCUCUGGAAGGAAGGUUUGUCUCGUGGGUUCUAUUGGCUGCAAUGUACACGGCAUUGGUUUGUAUGACACAAGCUUAUUUGAUCUCAAUGGAAGUCAUUUCACCAUUGGAUGAGUGGAGGACUAUGAAGAAUAGGGUUCGGAGAUGGAUUUAUGUUUGGGAGGGAGUGAUGGCUGUUGUCUACGUAGUGCACACUUUCAACUUUAUCAGGUGGGUCGUCAAGAAGGGGAGAAAAUUCGUAAAGAAAAGGGCAAGAAGAACUAUGAAUGAAGGCGAGGGUCAAGAGCCUCAAGACCAAAACAACGUCUGA